GAAGAGCUCAGUGAUAAGUUGAAACAGAUAGCACUUUCUCAAUUAGAAUUCGAGGUCCUGGAGCUUAAGGAAGAGGACAUUCGUCUCAGUGCGGAAGAAUGCAAGACGAGCCUCAUUGGUAAAGUGAUAGGGGAAAGGAAAGCACAUCUUUCAGGAAUUAAGAGGACCAUGGGGAUGAUUUGGCAAAUCCAAAAUCCUAUGGAG